AUGGAACAUCCCGACCUCACAUCACAUCACGUUAAUUACUUAAUAUGGAGGUAUCUUCAAGAAUCAGGCCAUGGUGAAGCUGCAGUGACGCUGCAGCGCGCAUGGAACCAUGAUCCGCAGAGCUUACCGUUUGCUCCCUACAUUCGAACGCACGCACUGGUAUCUCUGGUUCAAAAGGGACUCCAAUAUUACGAACUCGAGCAGUCCAUUGACAAGGAUGGCAAUCCAACACCAUUCACACCUUCAAAAUAUUUCUUCGGACCGGUGUCGCUAGAGCUAGAAACGCAAAAAGGCCAAGCUGGUCCAGAAGAGGCGGGUACCGGCACCGACCAAGCGCCUGACUCGUCUACAAGCAAAGCCGCGCGAGAAGGCGGCGUGAGUAAUGGUCACCCGACGGCCGAGGCUGGUGGCCCCCAACUACCGCCCGCUACCGUCAAAAAAGCUGGGAAAAGCGAUCGCGGAGAAGUCAACGGUGAUGGAGUCCCUAUGGACGUAGACACUAAUGGCGUGGAAACAGAAAAAAAACUGACUGUUGCCGCGUCGCCAUCGCCUGCCGAAACGAACGUGGAUGGCGAUGGUGACGUGAACAUGGAUGUACGACCACACCUGCAGGAGCAGGAAGCAGCCGCGGCGCCAACCUUCACGCUGACAACGGGCCACAGCGUGGGUGUCCAGAUCAGUCCCGCCAAGGCUGCUGACCUCAGCCCGAACACCACCAUCCUGAAUGUGGCUGGAAACGAUCACGUGACGCGCACCUUGUGGCGGCCCAAUGAUCCCACCACUGUCCUUGCAGCUGGAGAUACGUUCUGCAGUUUGUGGAGGUUACAAUCUACCUCCUCCGGUCCGGUGCAGGAGAAGUUGGUCGAAAGCAGAGGGGACGGCAAUUGCGUCUCGGCCGUUGCGUGGCAUCCCAAGGGCCACAAGUUUGCUGUAGCCACCUACAACGACAUGAGAGGCUCCAUUACCAUGUACGAUGUGGCUGGAAACGCUGUUGACCUCCUUCCAGAAGUACCACGCAUGAUCACUGGACUUCACUGGGCCGACAAUAGCUCCCAUUUGAUUGUAGUAGCAUCGGAUAGCAAGAUUUCCGAGCUGGCAAUCUGGGAUGACUCAUUGCGACCAGAUGAGUUUCCUUCUCCUCAAGUGGUGGAUGGUUCGAUUUAUGACCUUAGCUGGCUCGGGCACAAACAGGCCUAUGCCAGCGGUCACGGUGUAGUCUACCAGUGCGAUGUGGACUCCAGCAUUCGUAUCGCCAAGACUUUCUCAUGGGGCGAAUCAGACAGAGUUUGGUCCUUCGUUCGCUGUGCCAACGCCGGCUCCUCCCCUGUGGCAGUGGCUGCAUCCUCUGAUACUGCUGCAUUUUGGGUGCCAACGCAUGAUAUGUAUCUCGACGACGCGCACCAAGGAGAUAUCACGUCCAUUGAGAUGCGUCCUCAUCCCGAGUCAUCUGAAAAGACCCAGCUUGGUCCUUCUGUCGUUCUUGCCUCCGCAUCCACCGACGAUACAGUCAAGAUCUGGCAAAUUGACCUGGAAGCAAAACGUUUUAUCUGUCUUCAUCGCCUGGUCCUCGGUCAGUCAAUGCCAGGUCUGGCCGCCUGUUUCUCACCUGACGGUUACGCCGUCGCUGCUGCCAGCCGCGACAGAUUGUUUAUCUGGAAUGCAGAGAGAGGGGGUACCGCGAUGGCUACUUGGGUCGUACCCGGCUCCGAUAAAGCAAAGUCAGAAGGAGAAGCAGAUCAUGCGGCCAAUGAACAAAACGGAGCCGUGGAGUCGCUGCCAGAUCGCUCCCUUUCAUGGGAUACCGAUGGUAAGAAGCUUGCAUUCGGUUUCGCAAAACAGUUGGCAGUAAUCAAUCUACAACGUUGA